CAACUCACAGCCCACAACUCACAGCCCUAACCUAAAUACGUCCCAAAGAGGGAUUUUCAUUUUCUAUUCGCUAAAACGUCAUCGUUUGAUCAUGAAUGCUCCAUUUAUCUGCAUCCACAGUCCAUACAAACACCCAUCUCCAUUUCUUAACCUCGCUUCAUACCUUCUCUAGCGAAAAAUCAAAAGCCAUGUUUGAAGAAUCUGCAACAUCUAUACCUUCUAUCUGGGCAUCCAUGAAUAGUUGGUUCACCCCAACUGUCCUCUUUCUCCUCCUCAAUCUCAUGAUACUCGCCAUUGCUAUUACUUCAAGCUUAGCCACCCAGAAACCCACCCAACACCAAGAUGAUAAACAUCCACCCCAACACUCCGCCCAACAACUUGCUAGAUCUCCAUCCGUUCUUCAAAGGCUCAAAUCUAUCAACUUUUAUAGCUAUAGAUCCCCAGAACCGACCACUGUAACUUACGAAAAAUAUCACCAAUUUCACUCCCAUUUCACUCCCCAACAAUCCCCUCUAGAUGAGUACCACCAAAACCAACCUUUUAUCUCCAGAUCUCCUUCUAUGCUUCAACGCAUCAAGUCUGUCAACCUCUAUAAUUACUUCUCUCAGGAACCCAUUACCAAUACUUUGCCCAGGGCUCAAGAACAGCUCCAGGAACAAGAACAGGAAACCGAAACAAAGGAAGAAGAAACUGAGAAAAUCCAAGAUCAAGAGCAGACCCUUGACAAGAUAUACAGCAAGCUACAGAGCAAUAAUAAAGAGAGUAGGUCCAAAUCGGACACAAAGCCAACUUCAGGCGAGGUUCCCACAAAGCUUCCAAAGAAAAUGAAGAAAUCUGCUAGCUCCAAGUCUGCUUUUGCUCAUUUCAAAGAAGAAGACAAUGUGGAAUCUCGUCGGCCGGCGACCGUGAGGGAAGGAAAGAGUAAAGCGACAGAAGUGGAUGGUGCAGAGGUGGAUGCAAGGGCUGAUGAUUUCAUCAACAGGUUUAAGCAGCAGUUGAAGUUGCAGAGGAUUGAUUCCAUUACCAACUACAAGGAGACGAUCGGUAGAAGGAGUGGAAACUAACUGAAGAUGGGUUUAGAUUGUGGGUUGGAUUUGAUUUUUGUUGAAAUUUUUAGGGUUUAUUGAGUGUUGAUUAGAUCCGUCUAAAAAAUUUACAGUUUGGUGCCUUUAAUCAACUCUUUAUUCAAAUA